AUGAGACUUAAUCAUAUUGUAACGCGUUUAGAGCAGCAGCUUACGCUCAUUGAUUUGAUUUCUAAUGCCGCGGAUAACUUAGAGAAGGUCGGUCAGGCGAACAUUACGCCACAACGUAUACACGCGCGUCUCGCUUCCCUAAAAGAAACUUGGGAGCAGUUCUCGUUGCAGCAUCAAGCUGUCAAUCUUGCCAUAAGCGAAUUAAAUACUGGGGAUAAGCAGACUGUGCUCGCACAAUCUUACUUCUCAGGGAAUUCUUUCUCAUCAACACACGAAUGCUAUCUCGAAGCCGUCGAGCGUAUGAGCUCUUUUCUCGAGUCGGAGCGGGAGCCGUCGACCCAUUCAUCUUUGACGCAAUCUACUUCUCAGGCUACGAGCAAUGCAACAUACUUUCAUCAUGCGCGUUUACCGCGCAUCGAUAUUCCGAAAUUUAACGGAACUCCUGCCGACUGGUUAUCUUUCAAAGAUUUGUUUAGCUCGUUGGUUCUCUUGAAUCCUACACUCACUUCUGUUGAAAAACUUCAAUACUUGAAGACGAGCUUGAUCGGAUCAGCUGCUCUGCUUUUAAAGAACACAACUCUUACUGCCGAUAACUUUCAGAAGGCAUGGGACGUCUUGAUUUCGUUUUACGAAAAUAAACGAUUACUCGUUAACGCUGCCCUCCAUUCGUUGGUCUCCUUGAAGCGUAUGAACAAGGAAUCGGCCGGCGAAAUGGAGCAACUGUAUACCAACAUUAUGCAGAUAUACCGUACUCUUGAAACUUUAGACAGGCCUGUACAAUACUGGGACGACGUUCUCGUUUUCACGGCUGUUCAACGUCUUGAUUCGGAAUCGGUGAAAGCAUGGGAGCAUCAUCUUGGUUCUUCGAAAGAUCCUCCUACCUGGGAUCAAUUCAGUACUUUUUUUAUUUCUCGCCUGCUCUCUCUGCAAGCCUUUGAAAAAUCCCGCCCAGGGAAAUCUGCAAAUUCCGCCAAUCAAGCCUCUGCUAAAUUGCAUUUUCAGGGUAGAUCGAAGGAUGGCAAGGCUGCCAUAGUAAAUUCUUGCACGAUCUGCUCUUCGAAGCAUUACAUCGCACAUUGUCCUCAGUACAGUUCAAAGUCGGUUCCUCAACGCAUUGCCAUUAUCUCAAAGCACAAGCUGUGUUACAAUUGUCUCGGAGCUCAUCGAUCCUCUGCAUGUCGUGUCACAAAACGAUGUUUAAAGUGUGGACAUAAACAUCACACUAGCAUCCAUCAAGCCAACAAGCAGUCGAUUAAUUCGGGUUCGAAGUCAAUAGAGGACGACCCUUCGGUCGCCUCUACUUCCUCCUCAACCGCCAUCGAAGCAACGGUGUUACAUUCCGCAUCAAGAUACAAGGCUAUGCCUUGCGUGCUUUUGGCAACAGCCCAAGUCCGCGUCGCCACGCCCCACGGUGACUUCGCGAAGGCUCGCGCUUUGAUUGAUCAGGGAUCCGAGAUUUCACUAAUAUCGGAACGACUUGUGCAAUGUCUACGCUUAUCCAGGACACAAUCGACCAUUCCAUUGGUCGGAAUAGGAGCGCAGAAGUCUAACAGAACACGAGGGGUGGCUUCUUUCAAGUUGAAGCCUCAUUUUGAUGACGAUUUCGAGUGCUCCAUCUCUGCUCAUAUAUUACCUAAACUCACGACUUCAUUACCAUCUGUUCGAUCAGAUAGCUCGUCGUGGAUUCAUUUGAAAGGGCUGUUGCACGCCGACCCUGAUUUCUCGGUUCCAGGAUCUAUCGAUAUAAUAUUGGGAGCAGACGUGUACGGAUCUCUAAUCGAAGACGGAAUAAAGAAAGGGGAUGUGAAUUCUCCACUCGCCCAACGAACCAAAUUAGGUUGGAUCAUCUCUGAUCCGUCAAAACCAACUCCGUCUUCUCGACUUAUUCAUAGUUUUCACCUCUCAAUGGACAGAGCGCUUCAUGAUCUAAUUCAUAAAUUUUGGGAGACUGAGGAGAUCCCAUCUGCAAAUACUUCGUCGCUUGCCGCGGACGAACAGGAAUGCGAACUUCACUUCCAAUCCACUCACAGUCGUACACCGGAAGGUCGUUAUCAGGUACGACUACCGUUCAGAAAAUCGGCCAACGAUUUAGGAGACUCUCGAGCAAAGGCUGUUCGGUUGAUGACGAAUCUUUCGAAACGUUUGGGCUCUGAUCCAACUUAUGCAAAGGCUUACCGCGAUUUCAUGGAGGAGUAUGAGAGGAUGCACCACAUGACUCUCGUCCCGGACUCAGUGCCUGAGCCGCAACCAGGUUAUUAUUUGCCACAUCAUGGAGUUUUGCGUGAUAACAAUCUCAACAAGAUACGAGUGGUUUUCAAUGGUUCGAGUCGUACAAACAUUGGUUGUUCAUUAAAUGAUUAA